AUGAUGCGAAGCCGGUCGCGUUAUCUCUGCUUCAGCAAGCUAUGCUGGGUCUCCUUCUUCAUCGCUGGUAUCACCGCUCUCUGUCGGAGUGAGGUUGUACACCACUCCGGCGUUGGUCUGGUGGAUGGCUCGGGAUGCUCGGGAGAAGCGGAGAAGCGGACAGAGGACGGUUCGGGAUGCUCGGGAGAAGCAGAGAAGCAGAUAGAGGACAGCUCGGGAUGCUCAGGAGAGGUAGAGAAGCAGAGAAGCGGGACAACGUGA